AUGCUGGAGAACUGGGUGCGCCACGUCAGCAAUGCGGGGCUGGGAGCGAAUUUUAUUCUCUUUGCCGAGGAUGAGGAGACACUUAGGUUCGGCCAGACCAGAUGGCCCGGACAGACAAUCCGCCUGGCCCUUCCCGACCAAUCACUCUCCGCCACCUGGCAAGCCUCCUCCGAAGCACUCUUCCCACACUCCCCACACUCCCCACACUCCGCCACACGCGCAGGCACUCUCUCCUUCCACCUCCUCGCCUCCCGCCGCAUCCUCUACCUGCUCCACCUCCUCUCCUUCGGAUUCAACCUCCUCUAUUCCGACACUGACGUUGCCAUUCUCCGCAACCCUCUCCCGGAAAUAACCGCCGAUCCGAAACAGACAUUUGACAUGGCGCUCACUCUCGAUGGUUACGAGUCGAAUUGGCAGAAGAAAGCGGUUCAGGUGGAGAGUUACGGCGUCGCGAAGCUAGCUGAGUGUAAGCUUUCCGUUUCGAGCUCGCUACUUUUUCUCCGCCCGACGUCCGGGGCGAAGUGUUUGGUGGGGGACUGGGCGAAUAGGGUGAUGAAGUUGGGGAGGGAUGAAGGGACAGAGCAGGAGCAUUUGAACGCGCUGAUUGUUGAAAUGGAUAAGUACGUGCUGCCCGCGCAGAAAUUUCUGUCCGGGCAGCUGCUGCUGGAGGAUGAUUGGGCGACGGUGGAGGCUUUGAAGGGGGAGCUGGUGACUGUGCAUGCGGGCGGGCUGAUGGGAAAAGACGCCAAGAGAGGUAUGCUGCUCGGCAAGUCUCACUUCACCAACUGGUUCAAUGCCAUGCACUCUGCUCCCAUGGCUGGCCAUAUGAUUGCCUCGGUGCCCCAAGAGAGCAAUGUGGGUGGGCGUGAUGGCUUCACCAACUGGUUCAACUCCAUGCACUCUGCUGCCAUGGCUGGCCAUGUGAUCGCCUCAGUGCCUCAAGAGGUUCACCAACUCUGGUUCAAUGCCAUGCACUCUGCUGCCAUGGUUGGCCAUGUGAUUGCUUCAGUGCCCCAAGAGGUGGAGGGUACGAGCCAAGGUCUGCUGAGGCAGCCAGAGGAGAGUGAGUCGCCCUACAAGGCAGCCCUCACAUGCCUGCUGCUGCCGUCGCUGCUCAUGGAAAGAGUGCUAAAGCUCGGCUACAACGUCAUCUACAGUGACAUCUCCUCUGUAUGGCUGCAAGACCCGCUCCCAUUCCUCCCUCCAGAGUACACUGCAGUUCUCCCGUCCUCUGCCCCCUCAUCCUCCCAACCACCACCGCCCGCAAGCAACAAAAUAGACGGCAAGCUCAAACGCACCCUGCCAAUCUCCCGCCCCGAUUUGGGUUAUUUCUCUCCUUGGUUUGUCGCGCUUCGCCCCUCACGACCGAUUCUCCUGAUGCUGAAAGAAUGGGCUGUUCUUGCGUUGGAAGAUUACCGGGAAAGGACAGCCGCGGCGCAUAGAAACUCCCUCGCGCACUCGUUGUCCGCUUCGGAGAGCUUGAAAGUGGGGCUGAAUGAGGCUAUAACGAGGAUGGUUGAGGAGGGGGAGCCGGGGUCGAAUGUUGGCGUGUUGUCGCGGUGGUUAUUUCCUCCCGUAUGGAAGGUGAUGGGGGAGAGGGAAUGGUUUGUGAAGCAUAGGGAGGAGGUGGUUGCGGUUCCGAAUGAUUGCGGGGAUGAUGUGAGUCAUAGGGAGAUGUGCUUUAGGGAUUUGAAGCUGUGGGUGUAG